AUGGCUCUCAUAGACAGCAUCCCCGUAGUCCAGAAGGCGAAGCAGUUGAGGUCCCUUGUGCGGCUCCUUGCCGAUACAGCAGAGGUGGUCAUCAAAGAAUGGGAGAUCGAGGAGCAGACCCCUCCAGCGGAACGAUCCCAUUUGCCGUCGCCUACGUUGUUUGAGGCGCGCCGCACUUUCAUCGGCGCAUGUGGCAUGGGCAUCGAUCUUGUACACGAUCCCAUCGUCCGGAUGACCGAAGUUAUAAACUCCUACUUCGGGUCGCAAGCUUUGCGUAUUGCUGCAGAAUCACGCAUUGCUGAUGUCCUGGACGGCGCCGAUCCGGAAGAAGGCAUCUCAAUCCAAGGUAUCAGUCGACAGGUUGGUAUCGACGCGCAGAGUCUAGGACGCGUCCUUCGCUGUCUUUGCACCAUCCACAUCUUCGCCGAGGUGAAGGAUAACUAUUAUGUGAACAAUACAGCCAGCCAACAUCUUGUCCGCAACGAGCCUUUGAGGUGCUGGUUGUUGAUGAACUGCAUGGAGGUAUAUACGGCCUCGGAUAAAUUGCCCACAGUCCUGUACGGUUCGUUCGACAAGCCUUCGCGAAAGUCCGCUUUCCAGGAGGCCUACGAGACAGAUAAAGACUUCUGGGAAUGGCUUGAGCAGACGGUCGAACUUCCAGACGGGACCAUCGCCCCUCGACCGGAGCGAGCGAUCUGGAAAGCUGGCAUGUGGGAGUUUGGCUUAGGGCAUGUUCAGGCCCCUGCAGUAUGUGACGACUUUCCCUGGGAGUCACUUGGAUCGAGCGUGGUUGUCGAUGUGGGAGCGGGUAUCGGUGGGAUGAGCAUGGAGUUAGCGAAGCGGUACCCCAAAUUACAAUUUAUCGUUCAAGAUCGCGCUGUUGUUAUUCAAGAGGCCGCGACUGUCUGGCGGAAGGAACUUCCGCAGUCAUUGUCAUCAGGGCGAGUCAAACUCGUCGCCCACAACUUCUUCACUGAACAACCGACGAGAGGCGCAGAUGUGUAUUUGCUACGCCACAUACUUCACGAUUGGGAAGAUGACGUCUGUGUCACAAUUCUGUCGCACCUUCGCAGGGCAAUGGGCCUUCACUCGCGCGUCCUGAUAGCAGACAACGUGAUGCAAACCACAGUGGGCUCCAGUUACCUGAGGUCAGCGCCGUCACCGCUGCCAGCGAAUUACGGAUAUGGACAUUCAUUCGCGAACAUGCACGACCUGUACAUGUUCACAAUGUUCAAGGGAGGAGAGCGCACCGUAGAGGAGUUUAGCAUACUAGCGGCGCGUUCAGGACUGAAGAUCACGAAGGUAUACGAGUGUCGCGGGCUGACCUCUAUUACGGAGAUGAGGAGGGAUGACUAUACCGGGUAG